AAUGGUCAGACGGAUUUUCUCACGGCAAGUUUUGGAUGUGGAACUAAAGUUUCACUUUUAAACGAGAUCACAGAUGAACAACAUGAACAGAAUAUGGACCCUCGUUCUGUCUUUUGCUGCUUCUGGCUUGACACAAGAUUCACCCAAUUCAACAUUGUUUCUGAUCUCGGGUCCAGAGGUGCUCAAUGCUGGUUCACCCACUUCUAUCGCGAUAACUGUUUUUGCUGACUUCCAUGGCAAUUUAACAGCGGAGGUGGCACAUGGCAACACUAAAGUCACACAAAAAGGACAAUUUCAAGGAGGUACUACAAGUAUUCUCAGUCUUCCACCUUUUCCUGGCUCUUUAUCACAAAACUCACUUCUAAGCUUAACUGUGAGAGGCUACAGUGAGAAUCGCCUCCUUUUCACAAACACCACAUCCCUCACCUACAACCUCUGGACGGUUUCAUUAUUCAUACAAACGGACAGAUCGAGCUACAAACCUGGUGACACCGUCAACGUCAGAGUUGUCACUUUCCAACUGGAUAACAAACAAUACAAAGGGAGAGUGGACAUUUCACUGCUGGAUCCCAGUGGGAAACUUGUUGAAGGCUGGAACUCCACACAAAAUCUAGGGAUUGUCUUGAAAGAAUUCAUUUUAUCCCUGAUGUCCCCCCCUGGACAAUGGAUGAUCACAGCAACAGUGAACGGAGUAACUGAUAAGAAAUCCUUCAUUGUGAAACAUCCUGAUGAAGGAGCUUCUCCUGUUGAUGUGAUGGUCAAAACAUCUUCUCGAGUCCUUCUGGGAGAUGACAUCUCAGGAUCGGUGAGAGUGCUUUAUCCCCAUGGACAACCUGCACAUGGAACUUUAGAUGUGACCUUAAAGCCUUUGAUAAACAACAGAACCUCUCCAUCUCUGCAAACCGAAACCAAACAAAUCUAUGGGUCAGCCCAGUUUUUCUUCAGCAGAGACCAACUUCAGGCUCUGUACUCCUCCUUAUCACCUAACAACAGUCAUGUUCUACACAUUGCUGUCCAGUUUAAAAGUGACUCCACAGGAUUUAAUGUGAAUAAAAUCCUUGAAGUUCAUGUGUUGAGAAACAAAUUCCAGCUCAUGUUCCUUAACUUCCCAUCGACUCUGAAGCCAUCCUUAAACUUCUCAACAAAUCUGAGGAUUGUUAGAUAUGACAGAAAGUCUCUCAGCCCACUGGAUUUGAAGCACUCUGUUGUGGUUCAAGUCACUCAGAGAUCUUUGAUGAGCUCAACGACUAUGAGUCUAACCCUUCCUGUGCCUGAGAAUGGCAACGUCCUCAUAAGGUUUAAAUUACAAGAUCAAGUAGAGAUGCUAUUCAUACAGGCGAGAUUCCAGAUCACUGAAGAGACCCUGAAGGUGUUCACUAACUACUCCUCCCCUACUGGCUCAUAUAUUCAGAUCGCUCCAAUCAACACAUCGCCUGCACAGAUUGGACUUCCACUUCAACUUAAUGUGGAGAGCACCAUCAAACCAGAGAGGCUUCAUUUUGUGAUAAGCUCUAAAGGUCAGGUGGUGGCCGCUGGGACAAAGAACUUCUCAUCUUCAGUCACUCUCACACCAGAGCUGUCCUGGUACCCUGAGGCCUGCGUCAAUGUCUACUACAUCCAUUCUGAUGGGGAACUUACCAGUGACACUGCCUACAUUUCUAUCCAUCAGUACAACCAUGUAACUCUAAACUGGAGCAGUGAGAGGGCCCAGCCCGGUGAGCAGGUGUCGCUCACUGUGGCUGGCAGUGAAUCCAGGUUUCAAGUUGGAAUCACGAUCGCAGCGAUGCAAAAUGAUGCCCUGCAGUCUGACCUGGACUACAGAGUUGAACAGAAAUAUAAUCUUAAGAUGAUGACCAACGCAAGAUUUUAUGUGAAAAACCAAGACGAUGGACCUGGAAAUGAGGAAGAUAAAUCUAAUAGGUCAAUUUUGGAGCAAUACUGGAACAACUGGAUGGGGACUGCUGAAUUUCUGCUAUUGUUGGAUAUAAGCGUUAGUGAUAAGAACUGGACCAGUGGGAAAAUAACAGUACCUAAUGGUGUUACCUGCUUAGGAGCUGUAGCAGUGUCAGUGUCUGAGAAAAUGGGUUUAGGUCUCACUCCUCUACCACAAAAGCUGACCAUAUCCAAAGACUUCUCCUUGUCUCUUGUUGUCCCUUCAUACCUCAUCAAAGGGGAAGAGGUUGUCCUGGAAGUCAAUGUCAUCAAUCAUUUAGAGCAAGAAACUGAGGUGAUUGUGUUGGUAGCCCAGAGUGAUGCCUUUGAGUUUGUCUUAAUGGACCGAAGGGAUGCAUCUAUUAUAAAUGCUCAUAAAAUUACCUUAGGGAGUCAUGAGUCUGCUUCAGCCUUAUUCCCUAUCAGGCCUUUGGCUCUUGGUGAGAUGGAAAUAUCUGUGGAUGCUGUGUCUGCAGAAACAUCAGAUGGACUUAUUGAAAAAAUCUGGGUGAAGCCUGAAGGAGUUGAACAGAUCUUCUCUCACACCUUGUUCUUGGAAGUGUUACCAAAGAAACAAGAGUCUUCCAGAUCUGUGACCUUUUCUUUUCCUCCAAAUCUGGUACCAGGAAGCCAGAGGGCCCAUGUAGCACUUGUUGGUGACAUCUUGGCUUUGUCAAUUGAAAAUUUGGAUUCACUGGUUCAGCUGCCUACUGGGUGUGGAGAGCAGAACAUGGUUCACUUUGCUCCGAGUGUCUUUGUGCUCCAGUACCUGGAAAAAUCAAACCAGGAUGACGAAGGGAUCAGAAACAAAGCGCUUCGCUACAUGAUGGAAGGUUAUGAGAAACAACUUUCUUACCAAAGAGAUGAUGGCUCCUUCAGCGCUUUUGGACAAAAUGACACCUCUGGUAGCACCUGGCUGACAGCACUUGUGCUGCGAUACUUCCUCCAGGCUCAGCCAUACAUGCAGAUAGACCAGACAGUCUUAACCAAAGCCACAGGCUGGCUCUUGAAACACCAAGAUUCCCAAGGGGAGUUUACUGAGGUCGGCGAGCUUAUCCACACAGAAAUGCGGGGAGGUCAGGAUGAUAGCCCCAUUGCUCUCACUGCUUAUGUACUUCUGGCAUUUCUGGAAGAUGAUACUUACUCCGAGAUGUAUGCGGACAAUGUGUCUUUGAGCCUGAGAUACCUAGAGAGCAAAGUGUCCAGUGGUAUUGUCAGCAACUACACCAUGUGUCUGGUGGCUUAUGCUUUAGCUCUGGGCAAAAGUAACGUACUGGGGAGAGUGAUCACAGAUCUCACUCGAAGAGCUGAUUACAGAGAUGGUGUCAUGAUGUGGACAGUCUCUGGAGGCCCGAGAUCUAACAACCAGCAGCAACAUUCAACACAGAUUGAAAUGGCCUCCUAUGUGCUGCUGGUUCAAUUUCUACGUGGCAGUUUCCUCGAAAGUAUUCCACUCUUUAAGUGGUUGAGUAUGCAGAGAAGCUAUCUAGGUGGCUUUGGAACAACUCAGGACACUGUAGUUGCUCUCCAGGUUCUGUCUUAUUACGCUGCAUUUAGUGGUGCAAAUGCCAUCAAUGUUAGGGUUAAUAUGUCUUCCCCCGUGUCUUCAACUGCAUUGCUGUUUCACAUCAAUUCAACCAACUAUCGAGUUUAUCAAAGCAAAGAGAUUAAUGCUGAUGAAGAUUUACCUUUAAAUAUUUCCGUUGAAGGAAUAGGAUUUGCCGUGUUUCAGGUGAACAUCUUUUACAACACAAAGAACAAACAGGACAUUGAGCCCACCACAGACAAGGAUGCAUUCAUAUUAAACGUUAAUCUUACUUACAAUGACUCCAGUCACAUAAUGUUGGCUAUAUGCACAAGAUUAAAGGAUAAUCAAGAAAUAGCUCAGACAGGAAUGGCUAUACUGGAAGUGGGGAUGCUCAGUGGUUUCAGUCUUUUCUCUGGAGUUGCAGUUCAGGCGGAUUUUAUUAGGAGAGUGGACAUAGGGCCUGAAAGAGUCAGCUUGUACCUGAAUUCGGUCACCAAGGCAGAAGUUUGUGUCACACUUCCUCUCGUAAGAACUUUUAAAGUAGCCAAUGUAAAGGAUGCUGUGUUGCAGGUUUAUGACUACUAUGAACCGACAAGGAAAACAACAAGAACGUACAACACGGAUAGUCUUCACACCACAAACAUCUGCUCUUUUUGUGGAAAAAACUGUGACAACUGUAGACCUGGAAUCACCAUUGCUGUGACUUCCCAUCUGGUUUCUCACUCAAGAAGCACUACGUCCUGCAGCUUGGCUCUCCUGUGUGCUAGACUCAUUGUUUUCCUUGUUUCAGUCUAAAAAGAUGAAUAAUGACAUGCAUAUCUGCAUGUCCAUCUCAUGAAAAUACUUGACAAUUGAUUGCAAGAUUUUGGGAACUGUUUGCUUGCAGCGGUUUUUCCGAGUGCACUUGCGCCCUCCGGUGUUCACAAUCUCUGUUGCAUUGUUUUGAAAGAAGAAUAUCUGACUAAAUUCAUAUAAAACUGACUCCUCUUUCACCUUAUUACAUUAUCAAGCAUAAAUAUUUCUAUUUUAUUUUCCAUUCAUUGUUUUAGUCUGUUUUUCUAUAUGAGUUUCCAUGUACUGACUGUCAUAGAGUGUAUAAUAAAGAACA